AUGGGAUACACUUUAACGAUUUUGGGCUGUGGUGUCAUGGGUCAAGCCCUUCUUUCGGCUAUUUACAACGCGCCAAAAGCUGCGGAGGAAACCGCUCACUUUUAUCCUUCCACUAUCAUCACCUGCAAUCAUGACGAGCUUAGUACCAAGCAAGUCGUUGAUCUAGUAGCCACCUUUGGUGAAUCGCCCAACGGGAUCCAGGUCGAGUCCUCCUAUGGUCAGAACGAAGAGGCGGUCAAAAGGGCCUCUGUAGUAAUCCUUGCCACAAAACCAUUCUAUGUGGAACCGGUUCUCAACGAGUGUCGUUAUCCCUAUGAGAAGCACUUAAUUUCUUUGGCGGCUGGCUGGACCAUCAGUCAGCUCCGUGGAUACUGGGGCGGGCGCGUCUCAAGAGUUAUGACCAAUACGCCAGCCAAGUACGGCUACGGGUGCGCCGUUGUUUCUCACGCCCCAGAGGUCAACAGCAAAGAAAAGCAGCUGGUUGCCCAGCUGAUUAGCCACGUCGGCAAGUAUAUCGAGCUGCCAGAAAAGAACAUGGACGCCGCCACGGCACUCGUCGGCUCCGGUCCGGCCUUCGUCUUGCUUAUGAUAGAGUCUCUGAUGGAAAGUGGUAUCCAAAUGGGGAUCCCACUCAAGGAAAGCAAGGAGUGCGCUUUGAAAGUGUUGGAAGGUACCGUGAAGAUGGUCGAAAAGUCCGGAGAGCACCCUAGUGCCUUGAAGCACCAGGUAUGUACACCUGGUGGUACCACGAUUGCUGGUCUCUGUGUCAUGGAAGACAGAGGCGUCAAAAGCGGCAUUAUUCGUGGUGUCGAAGAAGCUUCGAAAGUAGCCGCCCAGUUGGGCCAAAAGAAGUAG